AGAAUGAGGGGGCAGGAGGAUGGGAGAGGAGAGGAGAGGAGGUGUUUGUGCAGGUCAGAGGUAUAACUGAAGAAUGAAUCCUUUCGGGGAUUGAUCAGAUCAUGCAACCCUUAUGCAUGUGGGAUAUCUAUUUUUUUUUUUUUUUUUCUGUAAGGCAUGAACAAUUCAGCGCAGUGACUCCCAGGCAGGUUCAUUUUUGGUAGCAGCAGAGUAUCUUUGUAUGACAAAAGGGUUCUCAAAGAGGCGCUUUGAUUGGUCGUGUGUUUUGUAGACAUUCCUUGGGAUCGGGAAUAGACUUGUUUUUAAAUAGACUGUUGCAGUGGAUAUUUUAAAACAUAAGUAGGAAUUCGGAAGAAACGGAACGAGUGGUGUGUCAUUAAAUACAAGUCAUUUUCCUAAAAAAAAAAAAAAAAAAAAAAAAAACAGACUCAAGUUGCCAUUGUAUUUAGAGGGAGGGAAAACUGAUCAUUUGGAAACAGCAGCGUGACAUGAAGACGAGACGAGGCUACAUCCACUGCCAGAAGAGUGAGUCCACAUUGCAAGUGUAAUAAGUGGAAACAUGUAAGAGUAGAAUGGAAUUACAUACACAAACUCUGACUUGCGCCGUCAUAUAAAGGUGAUGAAGCCUAUGAACACAUGUACCUUUUCUACAAGACUUUGCCUCGGAGACAACAUUUCUUCAUUAAAAACUGAGUGGAAAUGACAUAUGAGUGCUUUACCUUGCCCUGAGCAGAGCAGAAGGCAUUUCAAAUGUUCUUUGAAUUUCCUUCCCAUGGUGUUGUUCCUCCAAUAAUGAAGUUUUCUCAAGCUUAAAGCAUUUUUUUUUAAGAUGAGCAUCUUUCUGUUGCUGGUGAUCUUGUUAUCAGAAGAAAUUGGCUUGGUAAACUUUAGCUUCCUGGUCGCUGCCCAGGCAAAUGAAAGGCGGGUGGUUGCUCAUGUAGCUGGGGACAUCAUUAUUGGGGCCCUGUUCUCGGUCCACCAUCAACCGCCUGCAGACAAAGUGCACGAGAGGAAGUGUGGCGUGAUACGGGAGCAAUAUGGCAUCCAAAGAGUGGAAGCCAUGCUCCAUACUCUGGACAGAAUCAACUCAGAUCCCAAAAUCUUACCAAACAUAACCCUAGGCUGUGAAAUCCGGGACUCCUGCUGGCAUUCUGCUGUAGCUCUGGAGCAGAGCAUCGAAUUCAUAAGGGACUCGCUUGUCUCCUCGGAGGAAGAAGAAGGAUUGGUGCGCUGCACAGAUAGCGCCUCCACACCGGUCCGUGUCAAAAAGCCCAUUGUUGGGGUGAUAGGUCCAGGCUCCAGCUCCGUGGCCAUUCAGGUCCAGAACCUGCUUCAGCUCUUUAAUAUACCUCAGAUUGCCUAUUCUGCCACAAGCAUGGACCUCAGUGAUAAAACGUUGUACAAGUACUUCAUGAGGGUGGUUCCGUCGGAUGCUCAGCAGGCCCGGGCAAUGGUGGACAUUGUAAAAAGAUAUAACUGGACCUACGUCUCAGCUGUUCACACUGAAGGUAACUACGGAGAAAGCGGGAUGGAGGCCUUCAAAGACAUGGCAGCCAAGGAGGGGAUCUGCAUUGCUCAUUCCUACAAGAUCUACAGCAAUGCUGGGGAGCAGAACUUCGAUAAACUCCUGGGGAAGCUGAUGAGCCACCUCCCCAAGGCACGGGUGGUGGCCUGUUUUUGUGAGGGCAUGACUGUCAGAGGAAUUCUAAUGGCUAUGAAGAGACAAAACCUAGUCGGGGAGUUCCUACUGCUUGGAAGUGAUGGCUGGGCGGACCGGUAUGAUGUCACAGAAGGAUAUCAGAGAGAGGCUACAGGGGGCAUAACAAUAAAGCUGCAGUCACCAGACGUCAAGUGGUUUGAUGAGUAUUACCUGAAGCUACGGCCUGAGACCAACCUGAGGAAUCCCUGGUUCCCUGAAUUCUGGCAACACCGCUUUCAAUGCAGACUCAAGGGACAUGCGCAGGAGAAUUUCAAAUACAACCGCACCUGUAAUAGUCGCAUGUCUUUAAAAGAGCAGUAUGUUCAAGACAGCAAGAUGGGGUUUGUGAUCAAUGCUAUCUACUCCAUGGCCUAUGGACUACAUUAUAUGCAGCAAGCCCUUUGUCCAGGAUAUGCAGGACUCUGUGAUGCCAUGAAACCCAUAGAUGGAAGAACACUAUUAGAAUUCCUGAUGAAAACCAACUUCAGUGGGGUUUCUGGGGAAGGAAUCUUAUUUGAUGAGAAUGGAGACUCUCCAGGAAGGUACGAGAUAAUGAAUUUUAAGAAAAUGGGGAAGGAUUACUUUGAUUACAUCAGUGUUGGAAGCUGGGACAACAGUGGACUGAAAAUGGAUGAUGAUGAGAUCUGGGCAAACAAAAAUACCAUCAUCCGAUCGGUCUGCAGUGAUCCCUGUGAGAAAGGGCAAAUAAAGGUGAUCCGCAAGGGUGAAGUGAGCUGCUGUUGGACGUGUACACCGUGUAAAGACAAUGAAAUCAUCUUUGAUGAAUAUACCUGCCAGGCCUGCGUGCUGGGAUCCUGGCCCAAUGACGAUCUCACAGAGGAACAGCCCGGUCUGCUCGAGGUGCAGUUCCACGCUGUGAAACAUGGCGCCGCCCCACACGUACAGCUAUGCUGA